CUCCAUGGCCAUUGCCUCCAGGUUACUAUCCUAGCACUGGUGCUACUAAUACUUCUAAUUAUGUACCAUCUUACGGGUCAACACAGUCAACUACUGUCAUUGUGCCUGAGAUCAUUUUAGUUGGUGGAUGUCCUGCUUGUAGACCAUAGACAGUUUCUAUAAGGAUGUCUGCUCACUCCAAAUGAAAGUGGAAUUCUUCACCUCCACCUGCCACAGGAAUUUCCCAAUUCAUCAAGGUUUUAUCCUGUUCCGUUAUAGAGACGUAAAAAAAAAAGCGGGAAAGGAAAACCAGUCGCUUUUGUGAAUAAACGCGCCGAAGGUAGCUAAUGCGUAACUAUCUUGUCCUUGGUCAGUGCACAAUUAAUACAUAUAAAGGAAGCUACGAGCACUCAUGGCACAGAUCAAAGGGAACCUCGAUGCUCGAAACAUGCCGGCGAACGAGGAAACUUCCAGUGAGAUGAAUCAGGCGGUACCGCGAGUAACAGUAAACUUAGAGAAGUCCUCGGGGAAUCCCGUGACGUUCAAUGGACUUCCGAACAGUUUUCCUCAAUCAAUGAAUGAGAAUGAAAAUGUCUGCUCAGAUGAUUGUCAAGACCCUGUCUUUGCUGAGGAUAUUAAAGAAGAUUGCUGCUACAAGAGCUUGCCUGUUCGAAGACUCCAUGAGAAGUUCAUGAGGAAUUUCGUUGACCUUCUUCUGGAAGAUGCAAUUUUUAAGGGAAUCUCGAGGAAGAAUCGAGUGGUGGAGUGGAUGGAGCCUAAGGAGCUUCAUUCAGCCAUUGAUCUGACACUCUCUGAUCAAGGAGUCUCUCACGAGAAAUUGCUUUCUCUGGCUCGCAACGUGAUCAAGUAUAGCGUAAAAACGGGUCAUCCCCGGUUCGUCAACCAGCUGUACUCCAGCGUGGAUCCUUAUGGUCUCCUAGGACAAUGGAUGACUGAUGCUUUAAACCCCUCCGUGUAUACCUAUGAGGUCUCUCCAGUGUUCUCCUUGAUGGAGGAAGAACUGUUGAGAGAGAUGAGAAAGAUACUCGGUUGGGAAGAUGGCAGAGGCGAUGGCAUAUUCUGUCCGGGUGGUUCAAUCGCUAAUGGAUACGCGAUCAAUCUGGCGCGUCACUAUAGAUUCCCCCAUCUAAAGGAGUCAGGUCUUUCCGCCACUGGCAGACUAACAGUUUUCACCUCCCAAGACGCUCACUACUCAAUAAAGAAACUCAGUGCGUUUCUGGGAAUAGGAACUAGCAACGUCUAUGAGGUUAAAACGGACCGCAGAGGGAAAAUGUGCGUUGCAGACCUGGAGACUCAGAUCAACAGAGCCAUCAGCGAAGGUGCGACUCCACUGAUGGUAUCUGCCACGGCAGGAACAACAGUCUUAGGCGCGUAUGAUCCCCUGAGGGACAUAGCAUCCAUCUGUAAGAAGUACAACUUGUGGUUUCACGUCGAUGCUGCUUGGGGAGGGGGAGCAUUGAUAUCUGCAAGACACAGACACCUUUUAGAUGGUGUGGACCUGGCAGACUCUAUUACUUGGAACCCUCACAAACUCCUUGCGGCGCCACAACAGUGUUCAACGUUGCUGGUACGCCAUGAAGGUCUUCUACAGUCGGCACACAGUUCAAACGCCAGCUACUUGUUCCAGCCAGAUAAGUUUUACGACACCUCCUUCGACAGCGGCGACAAACACGUCCAGUGCGGUCGUAGAGCAGACGUAUUGAAGUUCUGGUUUAUGUGGAAGGCCAAGGGCACUCUAGGUUUAGAGAAACAUGUGGACCGUGUCUUCCAGCUAUCCCGGUACUUCACAGAGUACGUGAGACGCAGGAAAGGCUUUCAAUUGCUACUGGAGCCAGAGUGCACAAACGUUUGCUUUUGGUACACGCCUCCCUCGAAGCACCACCUGGAAGGUGAAGAUCGAUUCAAAAUGCUUCAAAAGAUUGCGCCUACCAUAAAGGAACGCAUGGUGAGGAAUGGUUCCAUGCUGAUCACUUACCAACCGCUCAGGGAGCUGCCCAACUUCUUCAGACUUGUUCUGCAGAAUUCUGGAUUGACUGAAACUGAUAUGAGGUUUUUUGCUGAAGAGAUAGAGAGGCUAGCCAAUGAUUUGUAGAACUGUGCAGGGUGGUGAUGUACAGGUUGGCUGUUUGCAAAUAAGAUGUAGAUGUUAGAAUUAUUUAUAAGUAACGACUAUGUGAAAUUAAAUAUAUAAAUACGU